GUCAUGACUAGCCCCUAAGCGGGCUGUUUUCUGAGCCCUUUUUAUGAUCUUUCCGUCCAUCUUGGUAACCGUACCUGGAUCACUUAGACCAGUGAAAGUGGAUUCUGGCUCAUUAAUAUUUCACUCCAUGUGUAAUGAAAUCCAGGUGACCCAGUGACUGUGGUAGACACAAGCUCAGGAUGGCCACUGUGAGCAUUAGUGCACCUGUGUGUGAGGGAGCUGAAGCUGUGAGAGUGGGAGUUGUACUUACUACAGUCCCAGAGGGUAAAGACUGUGUAGUCAUUAGUGAAGACGGGCACGGUGUGAACUAUACAUCAGGAAAGACUAAGGAAGCAAAAUCCUUCUCCUUUGACCAAGUUGUGAAUGUUGACAACAUACAGAGUUUCCACCCUGAGCUGCUGCAGCCUCUCACUGAGUCCAUAUCCAGUGGUUAUAAUGGAGCUUUGCUGACAUGUGGGGCCUCCACAGAGAAGAUUUGUACUCUGAUUGACCACAGUAUCAUCAAACAGCUCCUGGCAAAUCUGUUUAGUCGCAUGUUGUCACACGAGAAAGAGGAGUUGUUCAUCUCUGUGUCAUUCCUUCAGUUUUAUCCAGAUGGCAGUGCUGUGGAUCUCCUGAGCCCCAACAGGCAGACUUUAAAACUUGUACAACACCCAGUCCUUGGAAGUCUUGUAGGAGGGUUAUGUGAGGUGUGUGUGGGUUCUGAAGAAGAAGCCUAUGCUCUGUAUGAAACAUGCAGGGAGAAACUGAAAGCCAAAGCAGGCUCCAUUUCCAACAGAUGUAGUUCCCUGUUCUCAGUGGCUGUUGAGUGGAAACUUCAUCCAGAGGAGGUGGAGUCGGAGGUCUGCCGCAGCAGACUGCAGCUGUUCAGCCUGGCAGGAGGAGCCAGCAGGACUGACCUCAGAGGAGUCAACCCACUGGUGACGGUUGUGGACCAAAUCCCAUGUGGAGAUACAACAACUGACAAGCUCCUUCCCUUCCUCCUGCAAGAGGCCUUGACAGGAAACAGUAGGACUGUCCUCAUCUACUGUAUUACCCCUCAGGGUCUUCUAGAUGAUGAGGCCCCUUCUGCCUUAGCUUUGGCCCAGAAAGUGAGAAGUUUGGAAACUAAAGCCACUGUUGGUCGCUGGUGUCCAAGGGCAACCGAACAAGAGAUCCGAGAUGGGAUCAUGCAUCUCCAAAAUGUCAUGAAGUCACAGGGGGACAGUGAAGUAAACACCUACAGGCUGGCAGAGCUGACUCAAAACCUGCAGGUUGUGAAAAAUCAGUCAUGGGAGAAGAGGAGAGAGGAGUCAAAGAAGAUAAAAGGCAAAACACAGCAGAGCUGUCGGACCCUGAACGAUAACUGGCACAGCGGCGAUCACAGAGAGAGUACUGACGCAAUGAAAUAUUUACAAGACCAGCUGAAACAAGAAAUGGAAAAACACAUCAGAGAGGGUAAAGGGAACGUGGAGAAAGUCCAGGAGAGAGUUGCAAGAAUCCAGCAGCUGAAGGAGGCUCUCAGAGAGGAGACACUGAAGAACAGCACUGUCACAGAGAAAUCUGAGCUCUGUCAACAAUGUCAGUUGGAAUACAAUAAAGCGAAGGAGCGGAGGAGGCAACUUAAGGAGGAUCAUGGGAGAUUAAUUCAAGAGGAGGUGGAGAAGAUGGAGAGAGACUUGGCACAGGACCAGCUACCGACAGAAGGGCCCCAGAGAGAGCUGCUGGUGCUGACCAGAGAGAGGCAGGUCCUGGUGCUGCAGAUAGAGGCCUUGCGCACUGAGGCCCUGCAGGCUGAGAGAGACCUGCAGGAUCAAUACCAGAGACACCAAACGGAGCUACAUUGCCUGAGGGAGGAGAGCCUGCAGGUGUUCAGAGUAUUUCGUCAGGUAAGUGAGGAGCAGAGGAAGAUGUCAGAGGGCAGAUAUAGAAGUGUGUUGCUGGAGGCUGUGCAGGAUGCCGUCUACCUCUCUGCCCAGAACCAGCAGCUACAGGCUGACAACAAACAACUGCUCAAAGCUGUGGGAGAGUUAAAAGAUGCUCUAGCUGCAAGAAGUGAUCCUAAGGCUGAUUUGUUAACCCAACAACAAUGAAAUAUGACCAAAAGGUGUUUAUGAUUCUUAAUGUACAGCAUGAGAAAUAACACUGAUUUUGACAUUUUAUUGGUUAUUAUUAACACACUGUAUAACACUUUAUCUUUUAAAUUCUUCUUGGCAGAGAAUGUGACACAAAUCAGAAAAAAAAAACAAUAGCAGCACUCUUCAGAAAUGUUUAAGUGAAGAUAUAAUUAUCUUGCAUUAAAAUCUGAGUUUACUUGUAAAAAUGUAACAGAAUUAUAAAUUAAACUCAAAAAUAUGAUGGAAAUUGCCAUGUGUUGGAUUCUGAA